AUGAGCAGCAACAGCAGCAACAACAGCAACAGCAGCAGCAGCAGCAGCAGCAGCAGCGAGGAGUCUCAGGCCCUCAACAGCAGCAUAGACUCGCUGCUGCAGCUAGGCAAAGCAAUAGAGCUGACGCGGGAGCAGCAGAUGGCGCAGCUAGCUGGCGACUACUCACCAACAGCAGACGCAGAGCCUGCUGCUGAGCCUGCUGCUGCUGCUGCAGCAGCAGCAGCAGCAGCAGGAACAGCAGCAGCAACUCCUGCUGCGGCGGGUGCGGCAGCAAAAGGCGAUCCCAACGAUCCCCAAGAGGGACCGCUUACUCAUAAGUGUAAGUCCAAUAUGUAA